CCGCGCCGGGCGCUCCCGCCUGACGGGGGCACGAGCGGGCGGGAACGCGGCACCAGAGGGAAACCCAAACCCGCCGGUGCCUCCUCCCCGCCCCCGGCUGCCCGCUCUGCCCCCCGCGCUGCGGAGCUCGAUGGAUUCCGUGUUGUCGCGCAAACAAACAAACAAACAAACAAGCGCUUGGGUGAGCAGCUGGGCGGCCGAGGGACGCGAGGGGAGAGGCAGGGCUUUGCCCUUCCUCCCGCCCCGCAGCGGGGAGGCUCCCGGCGGCUCUGGGCAGGGCCUGUGGCGCGGCUCCGUGUCCCGCUACGCCCCUUCCUUCCAGCGGCGGGCUCCGCGGCCGGCCCGCCCAGCCCCCUGGCCUCUGGGGCGGGCCGGAGGCAGCGCCCCGUCCCCCCGCCGGCCGCCGUGCCGCAGCCGCCCUUCCCCGGAGGCUGGACGACAGGAGUCAGGGCCGGGUCCCGGCACCGGGAAUUGCGCUUCGCUUCGGGAAUUGCCCCGCACGUAACCCGCAAGUUGCGUCCUGAGCCCGGCGUUUGCGUGUUGGGUGGUGCCUCAGAAGACAGAGGUUGGAAACCCAGUUGUUUGUGAUUGAGCAUGGCGGGGGAUGUAAAAAGAUUCACACGCAUGCUACUGGAAUGCAACAGCAAUGACAAGCUAUGUGUUGUGCGUGAAUACCAGACCGAAGUGAUUGUUGUCCCAGUUCUCCUUGUGGGUUUUUUUGUCAUCUUGCUAACUGUGAUCCUUUGGCUCCACUGUCGAGGCUUGCGAGCAAAGCAGGAGCAAUCAUCAUCAUCUGGACACCAAGCAAAUGAAAAGAAUCAACAGGAAUCUAACUCAACAGACAACCAUGAUAUCCAACUGAGUGAGACACCUGUGGAGAGCCUGCUAAGUUCUGCAUCCUUGACUCUGAAAGAACUGGAGAUACCACGAGAGAAAUUCUCACCAGGCACCUUGCAACUGAUAAAACAUGGUCGCUAUGGGAGCAUCUACAGAGCACAGCUGGAAACUGGGAACCCCCGGAAGACUAAGACUGUGGUAUUGAAAGCUUUACAAGACCUGGCUAGUCCUCAGAAAGUGAAGGAUUUCCUGGGAAGGAUUCAGUUCCAUCAAAAUCUUGGCCAUCAUGAGAACCUGGUUGAACUGAUUGGGUGCUGUGUAGACAAGCUUCCACUUUAUAUGAUCAUGGAAGAUGUAUCUCUUGGUGACCUGUUGACAUUUCUGUGGACAUGUCGGAAGGAUGUAAUGACAAUGGAUGGUAUCCCCUAUGACCUCACUGAGAGGCAGGUAUAUGAAGUUGGACAGCAGGUCGCAGCAGCUCUGGCUUUCCUUGAACAGAAGAAGUUGUUCCAUGGUUACAUUGCUGCCAGGAAUGUCCUCCUUCAUCACAACUUCACUGCUAAACUCUGUGGUUUGGGUCUGGCCUAUGAAACUCACACAUAUGGUGCCAACUCAGUCACACAGAUUGUUCCAGUCAAGUGGCAAGCACCAGAGCGGCUCCUGAAGAAGCCCCCCAGCAUCAAGGCAGACAUAUGGUCUUUUGGAAUUCUACUGUAUGAAAUGAUUACAUUAGGUGCUCCACCAUAUCCUGAGGUGCCACCGUCUGACAUUUUAUCAUACCUGCAGAGACAGAACAUUAUGAAGCAGCCCUCAAGCUGCCAGCAAGCCAUGUAUGGCAUAAUGAAAUCCUGCUGGCAGUGGAAUGCAACUAACCGGCCUUCUCCAGCAGAUCUGAUUCAGUGCCUAGAGAGAGCUAUGAAGACUAGCAAUGACCAUGCAGUACUGCGGGUGCCUGAGCUAGUGGUGCCUGAACUCUAUGCUGAUGUUGCUGGUGUCAAUGUGCACAGCCUAGUGAUUGAAUACACUAUACUCUGAAGGACCCUUUCACAUGUUGGUAAUGGGGUUUGUCCUUUCUCGACACUUUGUGUCUCUAGGACAACUCUCUGUGACACAACUCUACAUGGGACUAGUCUACAUGGGACAACUCUACGCAGGUCAACACAGCUCCUUUGAUGUAGUUUCCUUUAUCUCAUAAUUACAGGCAAAUGCUGCCAGUCCUCCCUUGGUGCACUGCAAGCUCUGCAAAGCCCUUGUGCAUUGAUGGGGCUGAUCACCUGAGUGCCUGGCAGCAAGUGAUCUCUUAUGGGAGUUAGAGGGGGAUGAUCACCAGUGAACUCUUUUCUACCAUGCCUGCAGUACACAUCACCUUAGGAGUAGGAGGAGAAGGUGUGCGGGCAGGGGGUUACGCAUCAGGGGAGGUGGAGGGGUGUGUGGGGGGGUUCCCCAGCAGGGGAGCAGCUGCAGGCUCAGCUCUGGGUCUGGGGGGGAAGCCAUCUGAGCUCUGCCUGGCAGGAGAGCCUGCUGGUUUGUUGGCCUCAGCUUGGUUUUUUUUCCUCGUAUUUUUGGGGGGGGUUUGUUGUUUUUUCUAAAUUGAGGGACUUCUGGGCAUGGCAUCCUACCACCCAGAAUCCUCCUCAGCCCCUGGCAACCAGGAAUGUCAGGAGCCCACAGUCCCCACUGCCAUGGCUCUCCUUCCCUGUCUGCACAACGUGCACAGCAGAACCAGCAGUGGAGCAGCCCUAGGGGCUCAGCAGGGGCCGUGGAGCAGCUGCCUGCUCCAUGGCUUCCCAAGAAAAAACUCUCCUGUAGUUCUCCCCACAUGCCUUGUAUCACGCUUGCGUGUUACCUGGCUGCACUUAAGCUGACCAAAAUUUUAAUUUUGUAUGUCACAUUUGAUGUAGCUGCCUUUAUCUCAUUGUUAUAUUUAAUGUUCUCUCCUAGAAUUUAAUUACCAUUAUUUUAAUUAUUGCACAUUUGAUGUAGUUGCCUUUAUCUCAUAAUUUAAGUAUUACUUUAUUAAUGAGUCACCAGAAAUGGCUGUAAAGCAAGGUGGACACCUCUGAUGGCUGAGCACAAUGAAGGCAUGUGAUUAAUCGACUAGCACAAAUUGAAGAAAUACCACAAAGCAGAUGAGCAUAUUUAAAAGACUGUGUCCAAUUGCAGUGAUACAAGCCCCAUAGAAUACUUGCAUGUCAUGUCUGACACCUAUAAAUUAUUUUAAUAAAAUAUUUUCUGAUGGUUUA